AUGCGGAAGUACAAAAGCUCCCUAGAUGCAUUUGCUCAGAUCUUGAAGAAUGAGGGUGCAAGGUCUCUCUUCAAGGAAGCUGGUGCAAACAUCUUACUGAUUUUGAAGAAUGAGGGUUCAAGAAUUGAUUUGCAGGCAUGGCGUGCCAAGGAGAUUGCCCGUGAGCAGCUUCAGGGAUCUUAUAAAGAGGCCUACUGCCAACUACCCUUCCUCUGUCAAAAGAUAAUGGAAACAAAUCCAGGUAGUAUUGCUACAUUCGCGACAAAGGAGGACUCCAGCUUCCACAAGCUCUUUGUCUCGUUUCAUGCAUCAAUAUCUGGUUUUCAGCAAGGUUGUCGGCCUCUUAUUUUUCUUGACAGCACUCUUCUGUACUCAAAGUAUCAAGGCACAUUGUUGGCUGCAACAUUUGCAGAUGAGAAUAAUAGUGUCUUUCUAGUAGCCUUUGCUGUUGUUGAUGAAGAGACUGACGAAAAUUGGCAUUGGUUUCUGUCAGAACUCAAGUCUGCUGUCUCAACAUCCAGGCAAAUCACAUUUAUUGCUGAUUCCCAGAAAGGAAUAAGAGAGUCAUUACGCGAUAUAUUUGGUGAAGCCUGCUAUCAUGGUUAUUGCCUAUGCUAUCUGGCUGAGAAACUGAAUAGAGAUUUGAAGGGGCAAUUUUCACAUAAAGCAAGACGACUCAUGGUCUAG